AUGAGAAUCCCGCCGCUUGAAUUCCUCCUCAGUUGGCCACCACCGCGUUACGACAACCCCGAAACGAGAGGCCCGGCCAACGAGAUCGUCGCCCUCAGCCUCCUGGGCAUCGCCGCCGUCCUCCUAGCGAUUCGGAUCCACACGCGUCGACGCAUUACCAACGCGUUCGGCUGGGAUGACAUCCUCAUCGUCCUGGCCUUUAUCCCAGCUACAGGGUUCGUGGUCCUCGGGGUGAUCGCCACGAAUCUCUACGGCUGGGGACGGCAUAUAUGGGAUAUGCCUGCGAGCAUGUUUGAGGGAUCGCUCCAGAUAGGCCUCGCCAGCCAGAUCUUGUUCGACCUGGCGACGAGUUUUACCAAGCUCUCGAUGCUUGUUCUGGUGUACCGGAUCGCCUGCGCGGCUUCGAAAAGGCUGAGGGUUCUCGUCAUGGCGCUCCAGAUCUUCAUCUCGGUUAACUGUGUCGUCUUCAUGACGGUAGCUAUGCUACAGUGCCGUGCAAGGCCCCUGAACCUCUACUGGACGCUUUCGAUGGAGCCGCAGAACUGCAUCAACGAGAGCACGCACCUCUUGGUUGCAAGCAUCAUCAACACUGUCACCGACUUCCUGGUGGUUCUCCUGCCACUUACCACCGUACGCGUCGUCUAUGCCGGAAAGCUCACCACGAGGCAAAUGAUUGUUGUCAACCUCCUGUUUGGCGCCGGCUUCCUCGCCUCGUUUGCCGGCGCGGCGCGAACAUACUUCACUUGGAUCAUGACCUCGCAGCCAGACGCCAGCUGGCAUGCCUGGAUCAACUGGCUGGUGUCCUCUAUUGAGCUGUUCCUGGGUAUCAUAAGCACCAGCAUACCCUCGACCAAGCCGUUCUUCAGCAGAUACAUUCCGAAGCUGAUGGGCGCGAGCUUGCGCACGUCGGAGGCCACCAGCGCCCCCGGGCUCACGGACAAACCCACCAAGGCCUCCGUUGAUAUUAGUCGGGCCUCGAACGACUUCAAUGCAGAAGACCCCAAAGCCCUUUCGGAAGAAUUGCAAUCUCCAGCAACGAGACGGUUCAGCAACGCAACGCUCAACAAGCCGUUGCCGGCUGUGACGAAGAACCGCUCGGUGUACACCAUCAACAUUCAACUCGACGAAGCUAGUUUGGGCCCGGCCGACAGGACGCAUUCCCACGAGGAUCUCAUCAGGGAACAGAUAGACUUGGCCUGGCGCCAAGCGGCCAACAACUUUAGUCGCCCGAGGGUUUACCACGCCCGGAGCAUCUCAGAGCCGGCGAGUCAGCACCGACUGAGCAUGUACAGGGAAGGUGAAACCGGGCGGGACAGUCGCAGAAGCGACCACACGUCGGGCGAAAGCAGUCGACACAGUUACAUCCUAGACGACAUUGAGAGCGUAUACAGCCAAACCAUUGGCGAUCUCGAGGCAGGGGUCCGCUACAGCCCCUACGACCGCCUCAGCGUCUCCGCGGUGCCCGCGCCUCUGCGGAAGCACAACAAAUCUGUAUCGAUCAACACGUUUGGAGGUUAG